AUGCAUCAUCACCAUUUACUUGGUGACGCUUUGUUGGCGGGCGCAGUUGGUCUAGGCGCCUAUGAACUGUGGCAUCAUCAUCAGUAUGGCAAUUUUGGUUUCGGAAAUCCUUAUAACCAAGGUGGUAUGUUUGGAGGAUAUGAUUCAUCAUAUGGUUACGGACCAUAUGCUUCAUACGGUGGAGGUUAUGGUACCUAUUAUUGA